CCCACUAUUAUUGGGAAACGUAAAGAAUCUCAAAAAGGUUUGGAUUACAAAGUCAAUUUUGAUUUGAGAAGAAAGUAACAAAGGAUGGAAAAGAAGGAGAAGAAGUCAGUGAUUCAAAGAGUGAAAAAGACGCUUCGGCAGAGGAGCAAAAGUACGGACGCUAGCAGUGAACAGAAGAAAGGGACGAAGACUGUUGACGACGCUGAAGCUCCCUCGAAAAUUACCAGAGUGAAGGCGGCAAUCACGAAUCGUACAAGAUCCAUAGGAAUCAAGAUCUCAAUUUCGAAAGAGUGCAAUACGACAACCAGUAGAAGUCAUUCUCGGGAGUCGAAUCAAAAGACGAAAAACUCCGUUCUGAGUUCAGUAGACAUGGAAGAGGACCCAGAAGCACCUGUGCAGACCCUGGAUUUGAUGAUGAUUGAGAUCAAGAAGGAAGAGCUGAAAGAGAAGAAAGAGAAGGAGAAGACAGAUGAAGAGAAACGGGAGAGAAAGGAGGAUAAGAGAGAAGAUAAGAAAGAAGAAAAGAAAGAAGAUAAGAAAGAAGAAAAGAAAGAAGUGAGGAAGGACUGCCGGGAAAAUUCGAUGUAUUCCAUGGAAAGGUCGGAUGAGAAGGCGGUGAAGAAGAAGCACUCGAAGAAGCACUCGAAGCAGAAAACAAAGAUGUGGCUGGGAAUGCCUUCUGCGCUCAACUUCUGCAACAAGAACAAUGACAUCCAAAAGAUUCGAGAAGAAUUUGGGUUCCUCGACUCGCUUGUCUGCAACAAGACCACUGAAGAUUUUGAAGCAAACAAAGUUCGAAAUCGUGAAGGGUGUCCGAAGAUCUACGAUGAAAAUCGGGUUCAACUGAAUCGUCCAGGACACGAGGAUGUCAACUACAUCAACGCCAGUGUCAUCACCUUGAAAGAUUUCGAGCACAAGCUAAUCGUCGCCCAACUUCCCCAGAUGGAAAACGAAAGUUUCGUGGAAGACUUUUGGUACAUGAUCUACCAGGAACAGAUAAAUCUUGUCUACUUGAUGGUCCCGGAUGACAAGCUGAAGAACACCACGACUUCUUUGUUCAACGACGAGAAUGGUGGCUAUCAAUACACUGGAAAGAUGUUUAUCAACAAUCGGCGUGCCGACGUUUCUGGAGAUCCAAAGGAAUAUACGAUUGAAGUAUUGCCCGAAGGAAAUUCAGAUUCUGUCAUAUGCCAGGUUCAUCAUCAUGCUCCAUGGAAGCAUCUACAGCAACCACCAAAAACUCUUCCGAUCAUCAAAAUGAUUCACCAAUUUCUUUCGGAGAAGCAGGUGCAAAACGCUGGAGUCUGCGUGGUCAGCUUGUUCGGAUGCGGUCGUGCGUGCAGCUUCAUUGGUGCUCUCUAUGCAAUCAACCAGCUCAAUAAUGGAAUUGAGCCCAAUAUUUGCGAGAUCAUGAAGAAUAUCAAACAGCAGCGUCCAGGAGGAGUCGAAUCUUUUGCUCAAUGCGCUAGUAUCUAUGCAAUUGUGUUUGACUACAUUGCGCGCAAACGUGGCGGAAAGAAGGCUCCCGUAAACAAGGACAUCAAUCGAUUCAUUGAUGAGCUCGCCGAGAUCUCCCCAGCAUGCUCCCCGACAAAAGGGAUGCCUUUGAGCACUGAGCUAUAACUUGAUAGACCUGAUUACUCGACAAGUUUGUUCGCUUGAAUACUAUUCUUUAAAUACUAUGAAUAAAUACUUGAAUUGCU